AUGGAGGGAGAGCAAAUAUCGCCUUCAGAUAAACUUCGUACAUCAUCAUGUCGUUGGCGGCUGCGGCACAGGCAGAGAAAGCUCAAGUAUCAAGCACGAAGCUUUGGAGACUGCAUGAAAGUAUCUCGGCUGAAUGAUUGCGACGAGCUUUGGGUGGUCACUCCUCUGCUAGUCGCGGACGCUAUCCGAAGUCAAACGUAUGUGGCUCUCACUCGCAUUCUGGGCAUAGCAUGCGCAGACCAUGGCUCAAGUGCCGCAUGGGAACGCUGCCGCCUACCCUUCCAAAGCCUGGUUCACGGCAGAAACAGGAAGGAAUCAUGGUCGGCGCGUGGCACAUCAUAUCUGACCAUCAUAAGCGUCUCUCAUGGUCACAAUAGAUCUCGAAGGACAGUCCGUCGAGGGCGUGUCGCAAGCGAGAUGCAUAUUGCACGACCGGGGUGGAACUGCUGGGGUGUUCGAAAGGCUGGUGCGACGCCAAUGCAACUAGAUGUCGCGGACAGAGACACCCGCAUGCCACGGACUGACGAGAAUAGGCGCGAGUGGAUGCUGAGAAAUGCGGAUUGUCGAGCCGACUAA